AUGCCACCAUUCGGAGCCGAACCAGACUGGGCCACGCCCGGUGAUACAUCUACUCCGGCACCUGCACCAGCACCACCCGUGGCUGCGGGUGCUGCCCCUGUCGCGGCCAAUGGAGGUGAUGAAUCAGGAGGAGGCCAGAUUAGAUGCAUGAUUGUCAUGCUAUCAGUGCUUUGUCUAGCUCUCGCCGGUUCGAUGGGUACACUGGGAGUCUUGACGCUUCUGGAAACCAAGGCUACCAGUCUGGAAGACAUUGCCGCCACACCCUUCCUGGCUUCCUACAUGAUCAUGUUUGCUCUGCUUCUAUUCUUGUAUGAAAUGAUGUGGUGGAUGCCUGUCCCAGCAGUCAACAAGACCCUCAGAAAGAAUUUCGGAUUCAUGUAUGGCUUGAAAGGCAAAGGAUUCUACCUGAUCUUUGUCGCCUUUCUUUGCUUGGGAUUGAUGGGUGAACAGAGCCAAACUGUGGAAUAUCUUGGGUGGGCCACUGGAAUUGCCUUUUUGGCCGUAGGAAUCCUGCACAUUUUCCUCAUCCUCAGCAACCCCGAUUUCAUUGAUUACUACAAACCGCCAACGGCAGGACUGGAACGAUUGGGCGCCACGGAAGGGGACAAUGUGGUGUGA